AUGGCGCCGUCGUCGAGAUUGACGAGAACUCGAUCCGCGCAGUUAGCGUCGGACGUUUUAGCGGCUGGGGAAUUAGACACCAUUCGAGCGUUGAGUCCAACGAGAAGAGGAGGAGGAGGAGGAGGAGGGAAAAUCACGACGACGAGAACGAAGACGACGAGAACGAAGAGUAGCGCUGCUGCUGGUAAAGAAGACGAAGCGGCGAGAUACGGGUUGACAAAUUCUGCGUCUGGGUUGACGAUUCCGACGAUGUUAACGCUCGCUCGCGUCGCCGCUAUUCCGGCGUUUGCGUAUAUGUAUUAUCAGACGACGGCGUGGUCGGCGCCGGGAUGUUGCUUCGUGUUCGUCUUGGCGGCGAUUACGGAUUGGUUGGACGGGUACUUGGCGAGAAAGUGGAACCAGUCCUCUGCUUUUGGUGCUUUCUUGGAUCCUGUGGCGGAUAAGUUGAUGGUUGCGUGCGCGUUGGUUUUGUUGUGUUCGUUAGAGCCGAAAGGCGUGUCGCAUCCGUACUUGGUCGCGGUGCCGAGUGCAAUCAUCAUCGGGAGAGAGAUUACGAUGUCCGCGUUGAGAGAGUGGGCGAGCGCGAAAGGCGGUGACGCUCACAAGGCGGUGAAGGUGAACAACCUCGGGAAGUGGAAGACGGCGACUCAGAUGGUUGCGAUUUCGGUUUUAUUGCUCGUGAGAGACGGGGCGCCGAAGGCGAUUGAAAGUUUCCUUCCGAAGAUGUUGGCGAGUGAGUUGACGAACGUCGGCGUGGUUACGUUAUGGGUGAGCGCGGCGUUGGCGGCGUUGAGUUUAUACGUGUACAUGGCACCGGUUCUAAAGUACAUGUUGGAGUAA